CAAUACUUGAAAGGCGGCCGCCUCUCCCCCUUCUCUGUGCAGAGUUGUCCUGCGUUAGCUGCUCCUUUUGAACAAUGGUUGACUUUGGAGUGGUUUACGUUUACGUUUCUAAGAGACUUGCACAACUUACGAGUCACCUAGCCUGGCAUAGCAGCCCGCCGUGGGCUCCGUUAACCUCCUGUGUUUGCUGUCUGUUUGGAACUACAGUGAUGGGGGAAGGAGGUUGGCGAACAGCUGAAUUUGGCUUGAUAUACUGGCCUUUUCUGUAACAUAAAUCCUAUUUAAAAGCACAAACUCACUGAAAAAUGAAUGUGCAUGACAGGCACAUGUUGAUUUUACGUUUUUCCAGAACACUUUGGCCUAUAUUUAUGAAGUUGUAUGGGUUUCCAGAUGUUAUCAAGUUUUGCUCAAUUAUGCUAGAUUGGGACUGAGGGAUUAUUCAGGGGAUUUUAGUGAUAUGUGAAAGUGUCACUUUUGCUUUUUGGCAGUAGGGGUUUUUUUUAACCGGUAAAACUAAACUAUGUUAUUGGCAGAAACUCAGAUUUGAACUAUGCAUUACAGCAGCAGACCAGUUUGUUUAAACGUGGCCUGCCCCAGUUGCAGGCCAAUGUGAUUUUUGGUAAAGAGCAAAGUGAGUGUUUGGGUGUGGGGAACUUCUGUCACAUGUCAUUUGAGCCUGACUGCAUAGUUUUCUUAAUGGAACUCACAGUGGAAGCUUUGCUGAAGGAGUAAUUGUAAUUGACAAUGCUCCAGGAUCUGUACUUUAGGUGCAAGUUAGAAUAGAGACCAUGAACUAAGCAGAAGGCAUUGUAUAGCUCACUAUACUUAACUGAAAAUUAAAUUGAGUCAUUCUUGCUAACCAGUGAGUUGUGACUAAGAAUUAAUUGUGGUGCCUGGCUCAGCCCCCCCUCCCCCCCCCGCGCAUGCUGCUCUGCUCUGCCCCACCAAACAACUGCAGGCAUCAGGAUCUCUCCUCCCUCCCUCCCCCCAUAUGCACUGGUGGUUCCCAGAUCUCCUGGGCUGAUGCAUUGCUUUCUUUUCAUGCAUGUCUCCCCCUCGGUCAUUCUCUGUGUUGUUCACAGUUUUCCUCCAAGCAGCAUAGUCUUCCUUCGCCUUCCACGGGACAGUGAAAAACACAGUAACUGGGCUGUCAAUAGAAAUGAAAACAGAUGAGAAACCUGCUCAGAAAAUAACUUCUUACUUAACUUGAGAGAUGGUACGUGAUAACUCUGAAGUCUGUUUUUCACGUGGACAUAGAGGCUGACGAGAAGAUGUUUGAUCGGAAUAAACAAGGAGAUGAAGCCUCUGCUGUUUCAGCACAAGGUGUAGAAAGAAAAGGUAAUGAAGGCUCCUUAAGGCAAGAGAGCAGUAGCAGCUUAAGCAUACAAGGUCCAGAGCUGGCUGGGCCUGGAGUAUCAGCCGUGCAGAACAGGCAAGGCUAUUGCAACUGUUGCCAUGUACACUACAGUAAUCUUGAACAGCAUGUGUUCAGUUCGCAGCAUAGACACUUUGCCACUUACUGUAGGAAUCGUAUGGAUACAACUAGCCUGAUGGAGCGUUUCCUGCAAGAUGUUCUGCAGCAUCAUCCCUACAGAUACCACGAUAACAGACCAACUUAUGAUGAUGUGCCAUUCAUCCCUGUGAGCAAGGAGGGAGCUGGGGAGUCUCCUCUUUCAGUGGAAGUGUUGGAGAAAGAGAGCGCUACAAGCAGUGGGGAAGAACCAAGCAUUGACAGCGGAUUUACUGCUGAGUCUGGCUGUCCUGCUUCCCAGAGAUCACAGGAGGAACUGAAGGAGACGUAUUUGCCACUAACACCUACCCAAAACCUAGAAAAAGAACAAGAACACAAUCUAGGAACUUCACAGCAAACUAUGGGCAUCUCCCAUUGUACAAAAAACGUGAUUCAGGCUGAAGGGGCUAUGAUUAAUGAUAGUAGCCAUGAAGACCCAUUUAGUGCUGUAAACCUUUCACUCCAUCCAUUACCUGUUAGCCACUCACCAUCCACCCCUCAUGUCCUUGCAAAAAACAAUAGAUAUUCAGUAGUACCAGAUUUGGUUUCAAAUAAGUGUGAACAAAGCAAGCAGGGUAUAUGCCAUCAAGCUGGAUUACUGAAUCCAAAUUUGAGUUCCUUUUUGCAGCCAGCCCAGUCAGUAACUGUUUCACUUUCACACGAGAGUCCUGUCGGUAGUCAAGGUAACUCUUUAAUCUCAGGUCAGCUUCUUUUCAAACAAGAUGGCUUACAACCUCAGGAGGAAACUCAGCUAUUCGACACCUGUCUCAGGGACACUAGCAACCCUGUGGGUAGCAGCAGCUCCCUCACUUUUAGAGCAGCUUCCCAGUUAGCAGGGGGGAAAGAAAGUAAGUUGGGUAGAAGUGUUGAAACUUCCGUAGAUGAAAUAAUUGAAGACAUCAUUCUGAAAUAUUGCUAUGGAACUCUCCCCAAAGAGUUGCCUUGCAAAGCUGAAGAGACGAAUUCUUGUGUAAAUAUCCUGUCACUUCUGGACCACAGUAGUCUGCAUGGCUCAGACAUUAGUUUUGAUUGUGAUGCAGCGGUUCCGUCAGGGACAGUCUUGCCCCAGGCAACGGUUAAAAAUCUAGAACUUCUUAAAAAGGUCCAGGUAAAUCUACGAGAUGAGAACUACGGCAGCCAGCUUAGUUCCAUUCUUAAAAACAGCUCAGUGCAGCAAGCCGUAGAAGGGGGAAAGGAUGGGCCAGUUCAUAAUAAGGAGCCAGUUCUUCCCGCUCUGCCCCACGUGCCUCCUUCCUUUGUAGGAAAGACAUGGUCCCAGAUCAUGUAUGAAGACGAUAUGAAAAUAGAAGCCCUUGUGCGGGAUUUCAGGGAAGGCCGCUUCCGCUGCCACUUUGAUACAGAGUCUUUGGCGAAUUGCGCAAGGAGGAGAAAGAAAAGGCAGAAAGAUGAAGUGGGCAGCAGUGCAAUUGUAGAGAACAACACCGAGACUGUACCAGCUCCAGGGCUGCCAGGAUUUACUGAUAUAUUAAGUGGUGGCUCUGACUUCAGCAACUUGUCUGUCACCUCAGAAACACAACACAUUCAAGAAUCAACAAAGAGGCCUAAAAAAAGGACUUGGCGCCUGGCUUCGAGAUGCCAAGUAGUCAAGGUUAGCCAUGGAACCCAAACCAGCGUAGUGCACUAUCCAGUUGUGAAACAAAAAAUCAUUAGAAAAGACCAUGAGCCACUCGACCAGCAACCUAACUUCCUUUGGUCAGACAAUGAGAAGACUCCAAACAUGAAAACAAGACUAUGUGCCCUCAAACUUCCUGAAUCUUAUACCAAAAUUAUGAGCCCUUUGCAGCCCCAAACAAUGGUCUAUGUUCUCUCUUGUCCAGAGAGGAAACAGUUUAGGAGCAAAGCUGCAGACAUUCCCAAAAUGAGGAGAAGUCACAACUCCACAGAGAGUAAGGAUUCUGUACGGUACAGAUACAAACAGUGUUCUAUUAAGUAUUAUGACCCAUUGACUAAUCGAGUUUUAAAAACACCUCCCAAAAGCAGAGUGGGGGGAAAGACAAAGAAGCCUCCACAUGUCCGGCAGCUAUUCAGGAGUCUCAGCCUUGAUGCAAACAGGAAGAAACAAACUGAUGGACAGUAUGAAUGCGUGCCACCAAAGCCCUUCAAUUCACCAGAAUUCCACAGUUCAUCAGCAUCUUUCAUGCCAGAUCCAGUUAAAGAGAAUGAUAUGAAUUCAAGUCAUAAAACAGAUGCAUCUUCUAUUUCCACAGAAAGAUCAGAAUGCCUGGUAUGUAGCAAUUCAGAGAAGUCCUGUAAACACUUGGUUCUUUCACCACUGAACUCUCGCCAGUCACAGCAGAAAAGUGACUUUGGAUUAACUCCAUUUAACAGAAAGGAAGUCCAACCUCCGUUGAAGUCACUUGAGGCAGACUGUUUGGAAAAAGGCAAUUCAAAGGGGAUGUGGCAGAGGGGAAAAGGCAGUAAUCAAGAGCCAGGUUUUUCCAAAAAAGCUUCAGGAGCAGCUUUUGUAAGGCACAGCCUUGUUAGGAAAAGCCGUAGGAAACAACCAUCCAGGACAACAGCCCAGCAAAAGGUCGGGAGGAGGAGGAGAAAAAUGUCUUGUGCCCUGAAAUCCUCUGCCAUGUCUGCUUCCAGGCACCAAACAAAGAAAGCUACUGUAAGAAAGCACCUUAAGAAAGAAAAAUCUGAUAAAAUAUUAAAGAUAACGAGGAAGCCAAAAAGGACUUUUCUGAACACGACAGCUCUCAUGGGCAUCCCUGAAAAGAGGCAAAGGGGCACUGCGAGGGCCUCUUCCAAUGUCAAGAAAUGGGAGAUGAAUGGAGACAAGAGUCUCCUUUGCACUGUGAAAUGAAUGUUGCCCAGACCAUAUGCUCUUGGAUUCUGUCUUGCCUAAGAGGCUGCCAAGAACAGGCUGAAUGAAGAAGAAUGUUCAGAGGGGUUUUUUUUUGUUUGUUUUUUAAUGUACCAGAUUUGCAAUGGAAUAAGCUCCAGGUCUAACAAUAAGCCCUUAUACCUACAAACUGUUCAUGCUGUUAUUAUGUGGGCACACUGUACAUUGCACUGUUCUAUUAUGUACACGUUAUGUGUAUUUUGUUUGUUGAAAGCACUAAAGGCCCUGUUCUAGGCUUCCACACGUCACGGCAUAAAAAUAUUGAACUUGAACUGGAUAUUAGUCUACUCUACUAAAAUGUAGUGUAUUACAUUGCAAAAGUUGAUACAUUUGCCCUAUACAUAAGACUGUUUUCUUGCCCAUCAAACAAACAAAUCCUCCCCACAGUGGCUUGUAUCCAAAGAUUUUGCUAUCCAAGCAGAGACCAUUUCUGCUCUUGUGGAAAAGGGAGACCACCAAUUGCUCUCCCCUUGUUUGCACCCCUCCUCACCUUCUAGUGGAAGGUCCUUGUUCCUCUGCAGCCCGUUUUGGUGGGUCUGCAAAUGGGAAAGGUGAAAUCAGGGGAGGGGUGCAUACCACCCCUCGGUGUUUGCAGAAGUGCUUUCAACUUGCACUGCAGGAAAUUUAGGUUCAAGUCAAUAACUGUUAGUUAGAAAUUAAAGGAAAUGAAUACAAUUCAAACAAAGUGCUAUUUGUAGACAGAAAUAUAAGCCUAGUACAAAGUUUGCAAGAUUAUUCCUGCUCUUCUUCCCAUCCCCAUCAUGUCAAAUUUAUCUCUGUCGAUGUAAACAAGAGCACCAGGGACGAUCACGGUAGAAAAUAGGCUGAAAAGAGGACUGUCUUUUUGUAACCCUUCAUGCUCUUUGCAUCAAAAAUGGAUCUAUAGGCACUUGGACCACACAAAACUCAGAAUGCUGCACCUAAGCAAUAUUUCUAACCUUUGAUUCUCAUUGAAAUUAAACAUGCAUAGGCAUUUUGAAAGGAUGAAUGCUAGUUAUAUCUGGUUUCCCCAGCAGCUCAGAGUAUAGUUGUGAAAGUAAUUGAAAAUAAUUCCAACAAGCAAAUUAAAACUAUUCAGGAUAAACAGUUCUGAAAGACAUUACUCCACAUUUAAGUCAAAAUAGAUAGACAAAUCUUGGUUCAAGAAAUAACAUUGUAGAGGUUUUUUGAAGUUGUAAAUCAGUGAUUGGCACUGUUCUUAAUUGGUUCAAAUGUAGCAUCUCUAUUGAUUUACUAGCAGACAUCAACGAUUACAGAAAUACCUAAAUGUUUUAUAAACAAAUAUCCAUUAUAAUUUACAUGGAAUUCAAAUGGAUUUGUAAAACAAUGGCUGAUUUUCUAACUAAGGGAGUGUUACCACUGUGGGAAGAUAUGAAGCAGUGUGGAGAGGUUUCAGAGUGCCGGAGGGUGUGUGUGUGUGGGGGGAUUCCCCUCAUUUCUGUUUCCUUCAGAAAUGCCCUGAAGGCUGUUUUUCAGGUAGUGUGGGGCAUUUCUGGGAGAAGCAGAGAUCAGAGAAAAUUACCUGCCCCCCAGCACUGCACAGCUAAGAGAGCACUCUGCAGCACUGGCACGAUUUUCCAGUGCAAUGCUUUCUCCUUAGUUAGGAAGCUGACCAGUGUCUCUUUUCUGGGGGAAAACCUUUUACCCAUGGGAAUGAAUGUUUAUACUGUGUUCUACAUCACUUGUUAUUAGGACAUUGUUUUCAUGUGAACUGCAGUAGCCGGUUAAUAUUAGUGCCUCCCAUCAUUUGAUACUAUAAUACAAAAGUGAUUUGUAGAACAGAAGUUCUUAAACUGAUAAUUUUUAUAACAAAGCUACUUUAUAAAUAAAGGUUUUAAUGCAAAGCAGUCUUUUUAAAAAGCAAGUUUACAUUUCAAAGCAAAAUUUUAUGAUCGGUUAGCACUGACAGAUUUUGAGUUAGCCUAUUGUUAUGAAUAAAAGAGUGUCCUUCCUACUUAAUGUGCUGGUUCAAAUUUUUUUUUAAAAACACACAAUCCUGUAUAAGUGCAAGUAUAAUUUGCUCUGUUCAUAAAAGUUAAUGAACAUUUGGAUUGAGUGUAUUUGUACAUGUGUCUGGCAGGCACUCAAGAGUUGUGCUGUUUUCAAGUGCUCCCAUUUUUCUUCACAACUCAAGAUGCAUAGGGUACAUACUGUUUUUAGUACAUACUAAAAAUUUAAAACUCUUAAACUUGUUUGCAUAUCUGCAUGAAAGUCUUUUUUUUGUAAAUAGGGUCUUCAAGAAUUAUUUUUUAAAAAAAGAAAAUGGCUAUAUUUAAGAAAAAUUUAAUAAUUAUAUUUUUUCUUUUAAAACAAUUAUGAUAUCUUAUUUUUUGUAAAGUAAAGGGCUUAGAAUGGAAAUCGGGGAAAACUGUUUCUGAAAGUAUAAAAAAUAAAUAAAUCUACAGUUUGUUGUUACUUCUGUAUAUGCCUUUCCCAUGACUGUUAAAAUAUGUUUUCUGUAUAUACUUUGAUCAAAAGAAAGUUAAGGAGACUGUGACAUUUUGGUUAUUUGUGUAUUUUAUCAAGUGGAUUAAUGUGCAUGUUUUAACUUAUUAAUACCCAGCCGAAGCCUAUGGAUAAGGGUAAACUAAAAAUAUGAAUAAAUCGGCCAGAAUCCAAAUGAUGCUGUGUGGACACCCAUGCACUUUCAUAUGCCACUGAGGGGCAUACCUAUUUCCUAUUCUGACUAGGACUGAGUGACACGUUCAUUUCUAUUUCCAACUAGUUGCCAAGUUUCAAGUGUUGAACUGCCUCCUCAGAGUCAACAUGGGGAAGAAGUAAGCUUUCUGGUUGAGGGCUUAAGAGAGUGGAGGCCAUUUUCUUCUUGGCUUGAGGGUCUUUGCUGUUGACUCUGCCCCCACCAGGCUGCAGAUUAGAGGAAGCGGACAUAGCCAAGCUCUUCUCUCAGUUGGCCAGGUGUCAUAGUCUGCCCCCGCCAGGGCGCUUUCCAGAUUAGACUCGGCAACAGGGUCACAUCAUAUCUCGGAAGUGUGUUUCCACACUUCCUGCGUUGUGACACCACAGUCCCUAUGUGGACAUCAGGGUGCUGUUCAUAUUUGCAAUGCCUUGUUUCAAAAUUAAUUGCUGCAAUGUAGAGCUUGGACGUCAUAUAUCCAGCAUUAAAAAUUUGCUGUUUUUUCAGGUUGUUAGUUACCGUGAGACUGCUCCCCCUGCUGUCUACGUAUUGGAUGGGCCUUGCCUGAAUGGAGGCAUUUUGCUGCUAGUCUGGAAAGUGCCCAGGCUCUUCUCCUUGACCUGCCAGGCACCACACCUUUGCACCCAGACUCUGCCCUUUUGUGUCUUGGAGUCUGGAUCUCAGAAGACCAGGUAGCAACCGCACUAGAGGCAGUUCUGAAGAAUCCUCCAAGUGUUGGGAACAGUAUUCAGGGGAAGUUGGGUGCUGAAGAAUGAAAAGUUCAGUGUGCAUGCAAAAUAUGCUGAGGAGUUCUGUGUGCAUGCAGAAAUUCCACAUAUUGUACAACUCUCUAUAUCCUGGCCAUAAAUGUUAAAGGGAUAAUUUUUAGAAUUAUUCUAAAAACAGAAUAGAAUUGCCAAAGAAAUAUUUGUAUAAUAUUUUAUAGAACCUGGAUGAUAAUAAUGCUUUACAUGUCAUAAUUAAGGUUUUGCCUGAGAAACCAAUGUAUCGCAUCCUGAAAUCCUACCAUGAGCUCCAAGGCCUCACUGAAAAUGGCUGCUAGACUGUGCUAUCUUUACAACAGUAAAGUUGUGCAUAGUGGUUGGAGUGUUGGACUAGGACUGAGAAGACCCGAGUUUGAAUCCCCAUUCAACCAUGAAACUCACUGGGUGACUCUGGGCCAGUCAUGUAUCUCUCAGCUUGACCUACCUCACAGGGUUGUUGUGAGGAUAAAAAUAAGCAUGAGCUCCUUGGAGGCAGAACAGGAUAUGAAUGUAAAAACAAAAAAAAAGUACUCCCAUUCUGCACCUUGUUUUGCUGGGGAAAGCAUGUGGCAUACUUGUACUUAAAUCUUGAAGAGACCCUUGAAAGUUUCAGUACAUUUGCCACUCAGAUGAGUUUGCAAGCAAAAUAAAACUGCAGGAAUAAUAGAAAUAUUUCAAUUUCCAAAACAGGCUAACACCAGAUUAGUGAAGUGCAAGGUCAAGGAGGCUCCGUGGGGAUAUGCUGGGACUCCUCAUGCAACUCCUCCGAUUCUCUGCCCUGCGCAUGUGCUGUUGUGCCUCAGGCCUAAUAUUUCUGAAUGCUGUCCAUGCUCUGGAAGUACUCUGCAAGAUCAGAAAGACUUUGCUGACCCUCAGCCAUGUGUUUCUGAACUUGCAGGGCACUUAUAGAGCACAAACGGCACUCUGGAGCUGUAGCAGCACAGCGGAGGAGGACUGGGAGUUGUGCAAGGGCUUGAAACACGUGCAUAUUUUAAUAAUAUUUAAAUGGAUUUUAAAUGAGUUUUAUGUUAAUAUUUUAACUGGUUUUAAUUUUUGUGUCAAUAUUUUGAAUGGUUUUACUUUUGAUUGUGAGCUGCCCGGAACCAUUUUUACAUGGGCAGUAUAUAAAAAAAUAAAUAAAUAAAUGCUGUUAGAAUGUCAGCCAGUGGAUGGUAGAUCCAGAGAGGCACAAUUCAGCCUGUACAGAAUAGCAUGAUUCUUACUAAUUACAAUCAGGGCUAGAUUGCAACAAAAGCUGAUUCGAACACUUUUCUCAAUACAAUAUAUAAUUGUCAAACAUCUCUGGUUCCCCCAUCCCCACAUUUUUUUUACAAAAUGUUUCACCAGUGUAAAAAUAGGGCUCCCUCCCUCCCAUCAGAUUUUAAUUUUCUUCUAUUCCUUCUUGAUUAUUAUUAUUUACUAUCACCAGUUCUUUUUUAUAAAAUGUCAAAGUAUCCACUAUUCUGCUGCUAGCUUACUUAAAGCCAUAGGUCAUAAAAGCUGCAGUCUGACGACACUCAGGGCUGGUUUAGCUUUUUGUGAACUUGGGCACAAAAGGUUUAAAGAUCAAAAUGCAUGAGUAGUUUUUCCCAUUGUUAUUGGUGUGUGUGUGUGUGUGUUUAAAAAGCUAGAUUUCCCUGUAGUAAAUAUGGAAGCAGGAGUUAAAGCUCCUGUCCACUGCUUUUGCAUUCUACUGCAGAGAGCCCCUCCACUUUUGUGCAAUCACAUCAUUCACAAUUACUGCAUGCACACGUACUCACUCAGAUAAAUUGCACCAAAGGUGUGGGUUUUUAAAAAAAAUUAUAGUGUGAACUGAAUACAAAUUAACUUAGGCUUAUGAGAAUGACAGCAAAAUGUGUUUUGGGAUGAGGAUGCCAGUUAAUGAAACUGGUCUCUAAUAGUUACUCACAUUUCAACAUGUGUGCCAUAAUGUUGAAUAAGGUAUUGUUCCAACUUGACAGAAAUUAUUAAACUUGGUUGUUGACUGCAGUCAAGUCAUAAGUACUCACUGUGCGGUGGAAAAGACAGCCUGAGUCUUAUGGUCAAAAUCUGGGAUCUGGCAAGUCUAAUAUGUUUAAUAUCUUCACUGUUUAAUAGUAAACAUGACUUGAAAGAGCAAGUUUUAUUUUUGUGUAUUUUCUCUUUCUGUCAUCUGUAUCUGAGUGACUCCUUGUUUGCAUAUUCUGCCAAACAUUUCCACUGAUUCAAUAAAUGGGACUAUCUGAAUAAUGAAUUUUCCAAACUGUAUCAUAAGCUUGUAAUUACUGAAAGCUAACUGAUAAAAAUAAGCUGGAUCCAAAAGAGGGAAAUAAAAGAAAGCGGAUUUAACCAAUAUGUAGCACAGGAAGAACUAUGCAUUGCAUGAACAAAAUUGGUUGUAAGUCAUGUCUCAAAAUCAUCCUUGCUUUCUAUUUAUAGGCAAGCAUUUGCAGAAUUUAAGGGUUUUUUCUCUUUUGCUUGUAAUGUUUUACACGUAUAAAUCUUAUUCCUUUAAAAAACACUGAAAGAAACUAAAUUUUCUUUUAAUACAAUAAAGGUUGGAUUUGGUAUUA